UUUCAAUUUCAAUUUCUAGAGAGAGAAAGAGAAGGAGUUAGAGAGAGAAUCAUCAAGAUUUCGAUCAUGGAGUUUCUGUAAACAACAAUUCUCAGGGUUUUCAAGCAUUUCGUAACUAAAAUUUAGCAAGAUGAACACUAAAGUCCGGUUAGUUCGAUGCCCAAACUGCCGGAAUGUUCUACCGGAGCCGCCAGGAGUUCCUGUAUACAAAUGUGGAGGAUGUGGUAUCGUUCUUCAAGCAAAGAAGCGGAAAAAUGGUUCUGAUGAUCAAGUAAUCGACAGCAGCUCAAAUCAACAGCCACCGGUUAGUUCAAUUGGUGCACCAGGUCAUAACCGAAUGGAUGGAGAUCAGGAUGCGGCUAUGAAAUCAGAAAACGAUACGGUGGAUGCACCAUCAAAUGGAAUGGAACAGUAUUCCUCCGGCAAACGGAAAAUGGAGCAACUUUCUGAUGAUCAAGAAGCCGCCAGCAGCUCAAAUCAAGAUUUACUGGUUAGUUCUGUCGAUGAGCCACAUCGAGAUGGUGAUCAUAACGAUAUUCAUACGGGCCAUGAGGAUCCGGAAUCAUUGCCUGAAACUACAACUCAUAACAGAAUGAAUCAAGAUCAUGAUGCAACUAAGAUGCAACUGUCAGGUAGACUCGAAGAGUAUUCCUCCGGCAAAUGGAAAACGAAGCAACUUUCUGAUGAUCAAGAAGCUGCCUACAGCAGCUCCAAUCAACAAUCGCUGGUGAAUUCGAUCAAUGAACCAGAUCGAAACACUGAUCAUAAUGAUCCUCGUAGCUCGACUGAGCUUUCGGGUCACGAGGAUCCAGAGUCAUCACCUGAAGCCACAGUUCACAACAGAAUGGAUCAAGAUCAUGAUAAAGAUCAAGAUGAAGAUCAAGAUGAAGAUCAAGAUGAAGAUCAUGAUGAAGAUCAUGAUCAUGAUCAUGAGCAAGAUGAAAAUCAUGAUCAUGAUCAAGAUGAAGACCAUGAUCAUGAUCAAGGUGAAGAUCAUUCUUCUGGCAAACUGAAAAUGGAGCAACUUUCUGAUGACCAAGAAGCUGACAGCAGAUUGAAUCAACGAUCGCUGGUUGUUUCAAUCAAUGAGCCGGUUCGCAACAGUGAUCAUUAUGAACCUCGUUGCUCGUCUGAGCUUUCUUAUCAUGAGGAUCCAGAGUCGUCUCCAGAAGCUGCAGUUCAUAACAGAAUUGAUCCAGAUCAAGAUCACCAUCAUGAUCAUGAUUAUGAUCAAGUAAUGUUUCCAAUUAACGGAGUAUUGGGAAACCAUAAGAUUGGGGAUGAGUUUGAAGAGAACAGUUCGAUUUCUGACUUUAACGAGAUUGAAGAGCCAUCACGCGAAGCUAUUGCUAAUAUAAAGAUUGUUCGGGAUUCUGAUGGUGGCUCUAAGUCGAGCUUUAAGAGCUUGAUUGCAGAAAAGCUGCUAGAUACACGGCAGAAGAAAGUGGUGUAUUUGGACGAUGAUGACACGAUAUCGGAAGACGGAAGUGCAGAUUUGUGCCAUCGUCAAAGAUUUGAGCGCGUCAGCUCGGCGGAGACUUUGGAAAAUGGACGAUUUGGUGGCAUGAGUUACUACGGCUAUGAGGGCAGCGUAUCUUCUUUUGACGGAAACAACAAUCAAAUCCUGAGAAAGAAUCAUAUUGGUCCGAAAGGGGAUGAAAGGCAUCAUUAUAAGCGGCGUAAUGGCCAUGGGGUUAAAGACGAACACCGGUCCAUGGAUGUCAGAUCGUUUUACGGAAAUACCAGCCCGUUGAGACAUGGCAUGAACGAGUUCCAUGGGAAUCCGAGACAUCGUUCAUCUGUGAUCCCUGAAAACCCGAAAAUGGAGAGACUGGAGCUAUUGAAAAUGGUUAGAGAACUGCAGGAUCAGCUCGAAAGAACUAACGUCUCGAAUGCUGCACCGCAAAUUCCUUCAUACCGCAACAAUUUUUCGAACCACCCCGGAAGAUAUGGCCAGCGAAUGGCGUAUUCCGGCGAAACAACAGCGGUUAAUAGACAACGAGAUGGCGGCUCGUGCUACUAUUGUUGUCCACAAGACCGCCAUUUCUCUGCCCAGCUUCCGCGGCAAUGUGUUUAUUGUAAUGGGCCUCCUUACGUGCCCACCCCCUGCUACAGCUCACAUUGUUCUGGCUCGUCGAGCCCUCAACACCAUUCAGAGUCUGAGUUCUUGGCACCAGUGCGGAGCAAACCAGAACCUGAGGACCGCCGGCAGCGGAAUGACGUCCGAAAACAGUAUCGUUCGCCAAAGAAACGAUUCAUCCGACCAAUUGCCGGUGGGUCACCGUGGAUCACUUGUUACCGGUGCUCGCAACUUCUUCAGCUGCCUCAAAGCUUUCUAGUUUUCAAGAGAAGAUGCCACAGUGUGAGGUGUGGUGGUUGUUUGAAGGUGCUGAAUUUUACGCUUUCAAACGGGACUCAUGUUAGUCGAUACUAUCCAGAAGAAAUGAUCGCUGCUCCGCCAAGCAGCGAGGUGGAGGAGUAUGCUAAUUCACGAGCAGACCCAGUUUCGUGUUCCGAUCGUUCGUUUCAAAAGAGUUACUCGACAGAAACGGAUAGAAACGGUUCUCGGGAAUUCAUUGAUAGAAGAAAGGCGAUUAUGUCAAGAGACCCAUCUGGUUCAGCCGGGCCGUCUUCUUCAAAGAUUUCAGGCCGGAGAAAGGCAACAUCGGAGAUCGAGGAGGUUGAGCCGGCCGGAGGUUCACCGCUGCAUUGGCUCAUGGGUUAUGCUUCUCCGAGUAAGGUGAUCCGUGGUUGAUCGGAGUUUUGAAGAAAAUCAGUUAUUUUAUAGUGUACAGUUGCAUUGCAUACGCUUGCUUCAUAUAAAUUUGUUUGUAUUUUUGGGUCAGUAUUGUUGAUUUAUUAUUAUUAUUAUUUAUACAAAAU